AUGAAGCUCAUCGAUUUCUUCAGCCCCAAAUCGCCUCCCAUUGGCGACGUCCUGAGAGACGAGGUCCACUCGCCGCCGUUCAUGGGAGAAGAAUGGCGACGAAGGGGCCAGAGAAAUUCAUCUGCAGGAGUGGUGGUGGGUCGCGAAUUCUUCCUCCUCACUCCUGAUCAGAACAGGAAGGAAGUCGGUGGCCCUCGUCAAGAAAUCGUUCCCGCCCAACCGAAGCGAAAAUCCGUGGCCUCACCUACAGGGGCUGAAACCUUAAUUGUUGAGAAGAAGCCAAAGUACAAUAGAACGCAAAAGGAGAAGAAAGAGGCCUCAGGAUGUGAUACAGAGGAUGAAAGACGCAAUGGCGUUUCCACAGAAUUGGUGCUGCUCUACGACACUUAUAAGAUCAAGAAGAAGCUUACACAGAGCGAUCUCGGCCACCUGUCGAGGCUCUUGAUCGGGUGGGACUUUGUGACGAGCCACUUGCUCCGAUGGAUGAGCGAGGAGAUAGUGAGGCAAGUUGAGAGCGGCAAGGGGGCCGAUGUCAUCGUGAGGGACGCGGACACAUGCUCAGAGCAUCAACUGGUGUUCGUGUUCUGGGCGUCAUCUGGGUCCUACGUCUUCAAGGGCGGUUGGAUCAAGGAAUUUGCGAAACGGAGGGGGUUGGCGGCUGGUGAUGAGAUCGGGAUAUAUUGGGAUCCUAGUGCUAGCAAGUUCCACUUUAGCCUUCUUCACAAGGCGAAUUAGACUUAACCUUGAAUUAGUAUUGUUUUUGUUAGGUGACCAACAGGAAAAUUUUUGACCUCUAGAAAAGGAUAUUAGUGAAGGAAUUCUAUUGUAUGCAAUCAAACUAUCUCUAUUUUCCCUCAGAAA